AGGGGGAAGGGGGAGAGAUCAGAGAGUGUGUGUAGAAGGUGGGUCUUCGUCUUUUUCUGAUUUAGUACAGUGAUUUGUGGGGAAGAGAAAGAUAGCUGCGGAGAAGAAUUGAAAUGCGAAGCAAUUUGAAUGGAAGAAGAAGCUUUAUGGGUUCGUAUAUGAACAAGUAAGAGUUGAAAAAGCAUUUGGGUUUUCUCUCUACUUUCUGAAUCUGAAUUUUGAAUUAAGUUUGGUGUCGUUGGGUUCUGUAUAUUUUCCUAAUUUCACUCUUCUUUCGAGCUUAAAAAUCUCUUCUUUAAUCCCAAUUUCGUGUGGGGAUAUAUUUGAACUUGAAGUGGGUAGCUUAAAGCUUUACUUUUUUGGGGACGGGUGGCAUUUUAUGUCUGUUUUAGGUUUUGCCCUGUAAUUUUGCAAGGCAAUUUGAACUUAUUGAAUUGGGGAUUGAGGGUUUUCUUGAGCUGCGAUUUUGAUUGGUUUAAACGUUGGACUGAGAAAGAAUUUGAAAUUUUUCGAGUUUUGGAGGGAGAGUUAGUUGAGAAUUAUGGAUCUCUAGCUGGGGUGUUAACCCCUUCAAUAGUUACACUGUUGCAAGUUGGAAUUUGGAUAUGGGUUUUGAUUCAGCAUUGCUUGAAUUGCUGUUGGAAGAGUACAAUCUUGUUUCCACUAUGGGUUUUUGGAAUUGGGGAAAACCCUAAUUUAGUGGGGGAUUUGGAUUACUGACUUCUUGUGUUACUUGAAAAUAGUGGAAACUUUGUAAUCUUUGCUUGUUGUGUAUAGACUUUAUGUGUUGACAGAGAUGCAGCCGCCACAUCAGCAUUCGCGAAUCAAUCUUGUUGAACUGAAAGCUCAGAUAGUGAGGAAACUUGGACCUGAGAGGUCUAAACAGUACUUUUAUUACUUAAAUAGGUUAUUGAGUUUGAAAAUAAGCAAGGUUGAGUUCAAUAAGCUUUGUCUUAGGAUAUUGGGUAGAGAGAAUAUUACAUUGCAUAAUCAGUUCAUUCGUUCCAUUUUGAGAAAUGCUUGCAGCGCAAAAGUUCCACCGCCAACUCAUGAGACUGAUGUUUCGAAGCCUGGUGCAGCAGUUGGCAGUAAUGAGCCCCUAAGUGAUGCUUAUGAGCAAAAUGGAUCACAUGUUUCCUCAAGCCAGGCUUCAAGUCAACCAGGUUUGUCUAAUGGAGAUAUUCUCCCAUUAUCUCCUCGAAAGGUCAGAACAGGCUAUCGUGAUCGUAGGACUGGGGAUCGUUGUAGUGCGCUUGGUCAAAAUGGGAAGACAAAUUUCACUUUUCAACAACCGACAGCGACAGAAUCAAGUUUCGAUGUUAUGGAAAAUGGGGAUAUCAAUCCCUCUGAUUCACGGAGGGCUGUGCAGCAUUGUCAAGGACUCUUGCAACAGACUGAUGAUGAAAGGGAGGCAUCUGGUCAAGAAACUGGUAGAUUUUCUGUAAUAAAGGGAUCACAGGAAGGUCCAGCUUCAGUAUAUAACAAAGUCCAUGUUAGAGAUGACGGGAAAGAGAUGCAUGCAAGGAGUCAGCUUCAAGCUCCGCUUGGGGUUCCAUUUUGCCCUGUUAGUGUUGGUGGAGCACGUAAAGCAUUGCCUUUGGCAACAAAUAGUAAAUGUGUUACCUCUUCUAGUUAUGGUGCUUUGUUGGAUAGUGUAUCACUGAAGGAACGCAUGGAGCAGAUUGCUGCAGAACAAGGCCUUGAAGUGGCCAUCGGUUGCGCCAACUUGUUGAAUAAUGGAUUAGAUUCUUACUUAAGAGGUUUAAUUCGAUCUUGUGUUCGACUUGUUGGGGCAAGGUCAGGGUACGAGCCUGUAAGAAACAACACCAAAAAGCAGCAGACCCAUGUGAAGCUCGUCAAUGGCCUUAGACCCGGUCUUCAUUCUCAGAUAAGUACUGGUAGACCUUCAGAAGUCAUGCAAGAACAUGCUCCCAAUAACUUGAUAUCAUUGCAAGAUUUUAGGGUUGCCAUGGAACUGAACUCCCGGCAACUUGGCGAAGACUGGCCAUUGCUUCUAGAAAAAAUAUGUUCACGCGCUUUUGAAGAAUAAGCCAUACGUGAACUUUGUUAUCUUCCAGUUAAAUUUCUGGUCCCUACUGGAUCUAAGGGCACCGUUCUCUCAAAAGUUUCUGCGCAGCUGCAACAUUACAGCUUUUUUGGCCCUUUUGAAGCAGUCAACAACUCUUUUGGUUAAUGUUGUCUCUUGAAGAUGAUAUGCAUGGAGCCCGGAUAUUUAUCUCACCUACUACAGGGCUUAACUUUGCCAAGAGAGUCUCCAUUUCUUAGCAACCACUGAAAGGGACUUGAAGAAAGAAACACCCACGUCGGUUGUGCUGUUGUAUGAUUAGCAUAAUUAUUUUUUGGAUAUUUACCGCAUUCUCCCUCCUGUAAUUUAAAGUAAAGAGCAAAUUUGGCACAAGUUUUGCAGGAAUAAUUGUGUAGCCUAGGACUUCAGUAGAAAGGUGAAACUAGAUAAUGCAAGAAUUGCUGUGUAUCUUCAACAUCAAGAUUGAUUGAACUUCAAUAUUAACAACACGUUUUCACCAGUA